AUGCGUCUCCUCAUUCUCCUCAACGCUACGUGUCGACACGUUUCCUCUUUUCACUCAUUUAAUUCUUUACAUUUACCAAAACUUUGCGACGGGGGGAUUCUUUUGACGUUCCUUGGCCAAAUGGAGCCAUCUACUUCCGACACAAAUUUCCAAAAAAUUGAGGAAAAAGACGAAGAACUUCUCGCAUAUGCCCAAGAAGAGUUUCAAUCUUUUCAAGGAGCCGAAAAUUUCAAUCGAAUUGCAGCAAAGGUGAUUGCCGUAAAAGCGACAACGAAUCGUUUAACCUGUGAGCUGACGGUGGAAAACGAACAUGUGAAUACAAAGGGAACAUUGCACGGCGGACAAGCAGCUUCUCUCGUUGAUAUUGUGACUGCCCGAGCGGUGGGGCUCUCCGUCCGCGACAAGGGAAUGGCCAGUAUUGAGAUCUCACUCAGUUAUUUAUCCCCGGUGAAACUCGGCGAUCAGAUCACGAUCGAGGCAACCGUUUUGAAAUGCGGUCGAAAUGUUGCCUUCACUGACUGCGAAUUUCGCCAAAAAUCCGAUGGAAAAUUGUGCGUCAAGGGCAAACACACAAUCGCCAUCUUGCCCGGUCAACCGCCAGUCAUCAACGGGAAAGCGCAACUCUAC